UAAUAAUAAUAAUAAUAAUUGUAAUGAUGGUAAUAAUGUUGUAUCUCAUUUUAUACGCAUAUCCAUCAAGAUUAGAACGAAUAAAUUGACAAAAAUUAGGUGUCAAGUAUAAAGAAAUCAUUAUAUGUGAAAUAAUCUAAUUUCAACAUUUCAUCCAUCUAACUUGUCUAAACUUCUUCAAGGUGUAAGUGAAGUGACUGUUGGAAAUGAAGAGAUGAUAUACUCUGAACAAUUAGAAAGACCACAAUGUCAUCUCUUAUGCGGACUUUGUAGACGUAUAGGAAGACUGAUAAAAAUAUUCCUUGAAGAUGAACCAUUCAUCCCAUUAACAUCAACAGUAUUAUCCCAGAUGUGUAAAUUAAUUCCUGAAAGGCAUUGGAGAAAUAAGUGUCUAGAUAUUACACAUUAUUUACCGAGGAAAAUUUAUGAAUUCGCUCAUCAUAUGAAUGUAACUUUGAAAUGUUCUGAACUAGGAUUCUGUCACCAUAAACACACAAUGUUAUCGAAUUCUGAAAUUACAUCAUGUAUUAAUGACCACAUAAACUAUGGCUUAUCUUUAGCCAACUCACCAGAAUAUAAGGAGACGAUCAUAAAGAAUUUAUGUACACAUCAUGCAGCUGAUAAACACAAAUGUUUCGAAACUAUAGAAUCAAUAAUGACAUUUCUACUUGAAAUUAGUAUUUAAAUUCGCAUGAUGGAUUAUGAAACUGUCAGUUCUUUAAUAAAUAAUACAGUAAAAUAUAAUAUGAAUUGAAAAUAAUUUUGUUUAUUUUUGAUUCGUUCAGUAGAUUAACUCUGAAGAAGUGCCUUAUAUUAGGUUACGAAACGUUAGAAAUACAAUUUUUCUACUCAUUGAGAUAUAAUAAAAAAUAUAUUUAUUAUUAACUCUCUAUUUAAUUUUCAAUUUAUUUGAGACUAUCAAGUUCAAUAUUGGCAAUCAUACUCAUAAAAUAGUUGAAUCCAUGAGUCGAUUUAUGUUAAACCACCGUUAGAAAUCUGGAAACACUGGAUGAAUGAUUGUGCAAGAUCAUGGAUCGAUUAAAGUUAGGCACUAACAAUAGUGGAUCCCGGCUCAGUUAGCCAGCGAGACCGAAGUUCCCAGGUUCGAGUCCUAUGUGUAGGAAUCUAGAUAUGUACUGCUGAGUAGUCGCAUACUAGAACGAAACGGCAGUCGAGUGCUCCUAGGUUUUCAAUAGUGAUCUAGUUUACAUAGACUCAUAAAUUCAACUAUUAAGAUUACUACAAUUUCCGAAAACCCGCAUUCUAAUAAUAACCUACAAGAUGAUACAAUCUGAUAAUCAUACAGCAAACAGUUAAUUUGCAAAAUAACAACCAAUUGUCUCAAUCU